AUGAUCUUUGAACCUCCAUCGAGGGCCCCCGUGCCCCCUACUGAUGUCCUCUCUUACACUUUCUCGGAUCCCAGUUAUGACAGAACUGUCCCAAUCUAUGUGGAUGCCCAUGAACCCUCUCGAUCCAUUUGCCACGACCAGGCCCGUCGCAUCGUCCGUCAAUUAAUUGCUGGUCUUCAUGCCUGGGGCGUGCGGAAGGGAGACUGCGUCAACAUUCAUUCCUUCAAUGAUAUUUACUACCCUAUGCUCGUCCUCGCCAUUGUCGGCAUCGGAGGUAUCUUCACAGGCUCUAACCCGGCUUAUACACUUUUGGAGCUCAGGCACCAUUUAAACACCGCGCAGGUUCGCUUUAUUAUCACCGAGUCUGAGCUCUUCGGUCCUAUCCGAACAGCUGCGCGUGAUCUGAACAUUUCCUUAUCACACGUGCGCAUCUUCAACGCCAGGAGAGAAACAAUUCCCGAGGGGACCGUAUCCUGGACCGAUCUGUUUGAGCAUGGCGAAAAGGACUGGGAGCGUAUUCACGAUGGGUCCAUAGCGGCUCAGACUACAGCUGUUCGGCUAUUCAGCAGCGGAACAACAGGUCUGCCCAAGGCCACUGAAAUCACUCACACAAAUCUGAUUGCGCAACAUGAGCUCGUGUUCGAGUUGCAUCGUCGACCAUAUUGGGUAGUUUCCCGCGUUGUGCCCACCCCUCUCUUCCACGCUGCUGCCGUACCUUCCACCCAUUUUGGCAGCCUCAAGGCCGGUCACACCAACUACAUCAUGAGGCGUUUCGAUCUCUUACUCUUGCUGGAAACUGUGGAGAAGUACCAUGUGACCGACUUGGCGGUUGUUCCGCCCGUUGUCAUCGCCAUCAUCAUGAGUCCUUUGUCCUACAAGCGGAGGUACUUAAGGUCUAUCCGGACGAGUUCGAUCGGCGCUGCGCCCAUUGACCAAGGAACACAGAGGCGGCUCCAAGCGUUGCUGGGUGAGGGGGCACCUUGCACGCAAGUCUGGGGAAUGACGGAGACAAGUUGUAUCGCAACCACGCUCCCGUACCCAGAGCAGGAUUACACAGGAUCUGUGGGUCGCCUGAUUCCGAACCUGGAAGCUAAGUUGAUAGACCACGCGGGAAACAACAUCUCUGCAUACAACGUUCGCGGCGAGAUAUGUGUCCGCGGUCCAACUGUAACACCAGGAUACUUCAACAACUCCGUCGCGAACAAAGCAUCCUUCGAUGAAGACGGAUGGUUUCACACUGGUGACAUCGGAUACUGUGAAGCGGGGACAGAGAAAUGGUACAUCGUGGAUCGAGAGAAAGAGUUGAUCAAGGUCCGUGGGUUCCAGGUAGCUCCGCUGGAGCUAGAAGCUGUGCUGAUAUCACAUCCGCUCAUUGUUGAUGCGGCUGUCAUUGGUAUCAGGCAUCUGGUCCCAGGGACGGAGUUGCCCCAAGCGUAUGUAGUGCGACGACCAGGGGAUGGAGAUCGGCUCACAGAGGAAAUUGUGAAGAGUUAUCUCGCGCAGAGACUGGCGAGCUACAAGGCUUUGACGGGAGGAGUCAGAUUUGUGGACGCGAUACCCAAGAAUGCGAGUGGGAAGAUCUUGAAGAGGCUGUUAAGGGAACAGAGCCAGAAGUAG